GUUCACUUGCCGUCCAUGUGUGAGGCUGAAGGUUUGAUGUCCAGCAUUGCCAAUAAAUAAAUAAAUCUAAAAAUGUGGGCCAGGACAAAGAAGGGGCCGUUGGGGCCAUGGGGCCACUUCCUGCACUCCCGGCCCUGUGUCCGGGUAAGAGCGCCGAGCCAAGCCACUGCCACCGAGCCCACAGCCCCCAUGCCUAGAAGUUACAGCAUGAUGGCAGACGAUGGCUCUAUGGAUUAUAGCGUGCAUGAGGCCUGGAAUGAAGCCACCAAUGCUUAUUUGGUGGUGAUCCUUGUGAACUUUGCUCUCUUCAUAUAUGCCAAGAGGAAUAAAAGGAAAAUUAUGAGGAUAUUCUGUGCGCCAUCUUCAGUAGAAACCUCGUCAGAGCCUAACUUUUAUAACACAAUGAGCAAAAUUCGCUUAAGACAGCAACUAGAGAUGUAUUCUAUUUCAAGAAAGCAUGACCAUCAGCAACCACAAAACCAAACUGAUAAUGUACAGCUCUCACUGGAAUAAACUCUAAAGAAGCAAUAAGUAACAACAGUUACUUAACUGUUGUAAAACUAUCCAGUACCAAGUUCCUAAUUCUUCCUGCUAAAUCAUGAACUAUAUAUUUUGUUAGUGUUUUGCUGUUUUGUUUAUGGGCCACACCUGGCUCUGCACUCAGGAAUUACUCCUAGUGGUGCCCAGGGGGUCAUAUCGGAUGCCAAGUAUCAAACUCCGGUUGGCCUCGUGCAAGGCAAGUGUCCUACCCAUUGGACUAUCACUGCAGCCUCUUCAGACUGUAUUUUUUUUUUUUUUUUUACUUUUUGGGUCACACCUGGCAAUGCUCAGGUGUUACUCCUGCCUUUGCACUCAGGAAUUACUCCUGGCGGUGCUUGGGGGACCAUAUGGGAUGCCAGAGA